AUGAUAAAAGAUUAUGGCAACAAUCAGCACCUUUUUAAUGACAUUAAAAAACUGCAGGAAGAAAACUUGGGCUUGUCAAUAUUUGAUAGUAAUCAAUAUUCACUUUAUGUAAAUGCAACUAGUGAUCUUUCUUUAUCAGAA